CCGUUCCAGGUGCUCCACUUUUCCUCUUACUGCCAUAAGAAUGGGGGAUUAUGAUGACGUUACUGCCUUCCUGGGUCAGAAAGGACCUUAUUUCUAUAGGACUUUCUUUCUUCUGAACACACUUUUCAUCUCCACUGGAUUCUUUGGUCUGUUCAUUGUAUUUGUUGGAGCAACUCCCCCGCACCACUGCUUUAUCCCAGACACGGGCAACCUGAGCGAGGCAUGGAGGAAGGCCAUCAUUCCCAUAGAGGUGGUGAACGGACAGGAGAAGGAGAGCAAGUGCAGCAGAUACAGGCUGGAUGUGGUCAGAAACCUGUCUGCUCUGGGCUACAUCCCCGGCCUGGACGUCAACCUCACUGGGGUGGAGCAGGAGUACUGUGUGGAUGGAUGGAGCUACAGCAAAGAUAUAUACCAGUCCACCAUAGUCACUGAGUGGGACCUUGUAUGUGACAAUGAGUGGAAAACUCCUUUUGCCUCGUCGACUCUUUUUGUGGGUUUCCUGAUUGGAUCCCUGUUGUCUGGACAGCUUUCUGACAGGUUUGGGAGGAAGAAAGUUAUUUUCGGCUCUCUUGUAGCCCAGUUGGUCUCUGUGCUCAUUCAGGCCUUCUCUCCCUCAUGGGAGGUUUUCUGCAUUAUGUUCACAUUUGUUGGAGCCUCUCAGAUAUCCCUCUAUAUCAGUGCAUUUGUACUAGGAACAGAGGUGUUGAGUAAGUCCAUGCGUGAAGUUUUCACUACUCUGGGGGCUUUUCUGCACUACUGUAUCGGCUACAUGACACUGCCCUGGAUCGCUUACGCAAUGAGGGAAUGGAGAACACUUCUCAUAAUCCUGUCCAGUGUGUCCGUAGUGUAUAUCCCAUUGUGGUGGUUCAUCCCAGAGUCUCCACGUUGGCUAUACUCUCAGGGAAGAGUAGAGGAGGCUGAGGCCAUACUGAGAGACGCUGCCAAGAGAAACAGAGUCACAGCACCAGAGGUCAUCUUUAAAGACACUAAGUUGGACGUGGCAUCUGCACCGAAAAACAAAUAUAGCAUGAUUGACGUUCUGAGAACCAGCAACAUCAGAUGUGUUACAUUGAUGUGUUUGUUUUUAUGGAUGGCAGUAAACAUGGGAUAUUAUGGACUCUCGCUAAACACAUCCAAUCUGAGUGGAGAUCCUUAUCUAAAUAGUUUCUUAUCAGCUCUUACUGAAGUCCCAGCAUAUGUAGUAUCUACAGUGCUCCUCAGGAACUGUCAGAGAAGACCCCUACUGUCAGCUUUCCUCUUAAUAGGAGGAGGAAUGCUUUUCAUGAUCCAACUCAUCCCUGAGAAUCUGCAAGGUGUUGCUAUAGCUGUGGAGAUGGUUGGGAAGUUUGCCUUCACAAUGUCGUUCACCGUGGUCUACAUCUACACCGCAGAGAUCUACCCUACUGUUGUCAGGAGUGCUGGCGUCGGGGUCUGUUCUUCAGCUGCUCGGAUCGGGACUAUUGCAGCCCCAUACGUCAUCUACCUAGGGAGCAUUAACAAGUACCUCCCCUACAUUAUAAUGGGAAGUCUGACUGUCACCUCGUCCGCUGUGAACCUCUUCCUGCCUGAGACAUUCCGCAAAGAGCUACCAGAGACUGUAGAGCAUAUGCAGCAAUGCAAAGGUUUGUGCAAAAAAGAGCCACGGAAUGCCAAUAUCCUGAAGAAAGGAGGUGAUACCCCAGCAAUAUUAAAUGAGGUCAAACUCUGAUAAGAAACCCUGAAUUGACCAAUCAGCUCUCCUUAAUAUGACUCAACAAAACUGUGCAAAGCAGGAUACGCUCUAUGAUAAUGUAGACAUAAUGUGUGGGGCACCAGUUGCUGCAACGCAGGACUGUACCACAGUACAAGCUACCUAUUCUGAGGUGACAUGGCUAUGGAAAUGCUUGUACUGUGUAAGUGUGAGGAUUCCCGAUAGAACAGGGGUUCUAUUUUCUGUCAGCAAAUAGCAAUGUAUAACUGCAAAAAUACAGCAACAAUACUGUAUUACCCACAACGGUUGCAGCGAGAUUUAUCUCAAAACUUAUUUUUUUAUGAUGUCCUUGGCAAAAAAGUAUUUCGUCAGCGACCAAUUGUGCAAGUUCUCCCACUUAAAAAGAUGAGAGAGGCCUGUAAUUUUCAUCAUAGAUACACUUCAACUUCAACUAUAACAGACAAAAUGAGAAAAAAAAAUCCUGAAAAUCACAUUGUAGGAUUUAUUUGCAAAUUAUAGUGGAAAAUAAGUAUUUGGUCAAUAACAAAAGUUUAUCUCAAUACUUUGUUAUAUACCCUUUGUUGGCAAUGACAGAGGUCAAACGUUUUCUGUAAGUCUUCACAAGGUUUUCGCACACUGUUGCUGGUAUUUUGGCCCAUUCCUCCAUGCAGAUCUUCUCUAGGGCAGUGAUGUUUUGGGGCUGUUGCUGGGAAACACGGACUUUCAACUCCCUCCAAAGAUUUUCUAUGGGGUUGAGAUCUGGAGACUGGCUAGGCCACUCCAGGACCUUGAAAUGCUUCUUACGAAGCCACUCUUUCGUUGCCCGGGCGGUGUGUUUGGGAUCAUUGUCAUGCUGAAAGACCCAGCCACGUUUCAUCUUCAAUGCCCUUGCUGAUGGAAGGAGGGUUUCACUCAAAAGCUCACGAUACAUGGCCCCAUUCAUUAUUUGCUUUACACGGAUCAGUCGUCCUGGUCCCUUUGCAGAAAAACAGCCCCAAAGCAUGAUGUUUCCACCCCCAUGCUUCGCAGUAGAUAUGGUGUUCUUCGGAUGCAACUCAGCAUUCUUUGUCUUCCAAACACGACGAGUUGAGUUUUUACCAAAAUGUUCUAUUUUGGUUUCAUCUGACCAAAUGACAUUCUCCCAAUCUUCUUCUGGAUCAUCCAAAUGCUCUCUAGCAAACUUCAGACGGGCCUGGACAUGUACUGGCUUAAGCAGGGGGACACGUCUGGCGGUGCAGGAUUUGAGUCCCUGGCGGCGUAGUGUGUUACUGGUUGGUAGGCUUUGUUACUUUGGUCCCAGCUCUCUGCAGGUCAUUCACUAGGUCCCCCCGUAUGGUUCUGGGAUUUUUGUUCACCGUUCUUGUGAUAAUUUUUACCCCACAGGGUGAGAUCUUGCGUGGAGCCCAAGAUCGAGGGAGAUUAUCAGUGGUCAUGUAUGUCUUCCAUUUCCUAAUAAUUGCUCCCACAGUUGAUUUCUUCAAACCAAGCUGCUUACCUAUUGCAGAUUCAGUCUUCCCAGCCUGGUGCAGGUCUACAAUUUUGUUUCUGGUGUCCUUUGACAGCUCUUUGGUCUUGGCCAUAAUGGAGUUUGGUGUGUGACUGUUUGAGGUUGUGGACAGGUGUCUUUUAUACUGAUAACAAGUUCAAACGGGUGUCAUUAAUACAGGUAGCGAGUGGAGGACAGAGGAGCCUCUUAAAGAAGAAGUUACAGGUCUGUGAGAAAUCUUGCUUGUUUGUAGGUGACCAAAUACUUACUUUCCACCAUAAUUUGCAAAUAAAUUCUUUAAAAAUCCUACAAUGUUGUCUGUCAUAGUUGAAGUGUACCUAUGAUGAAAAUUACAGGCCUCUCUCAUCUGUUUAAGUGGGAGAACUUGCACAAUUGGUGGCUGACUAAAUCAUUUUUUGCCCCACUGUUUAUUCUUACCUUUACUUUGGGUAACUUUUUGCACUGGAAAAGGCUGUUCAGAAAAUAAUUGGUUAGACUUGCUUGUUUUUUUGCUCUGAGUUAGACCGCUGUACAGAAUAUGGUAAAGUGUUUGUAGUGUAGAGGGUUAGGAAUUUUUGCUUGAAAUAAUGUGUUUUUUGAGUAUUGUUUUGCUGUGGCACAUGGCCAAUAAUUAUUUCUAUUAGCAUUGCUGGUGAACUAAUAAUGAGGUAUCUUUCUCAUUCUAGUAGUGAGUACCGCAAAAAAUCGUUGAAAAGUGAAUAUUUUAAUAAACGUUUAUUAUUGUCAGUUAUUGUGAUGCGAAGUUUAUGCACCAUCAAAAGUGUGACCAGACUCAUUCAUUGAAUAAGACUGUAAACUACUACUAGGCAGGGCAAACCCAUGUUGGUGAUUUCUAAUAUAUCAUCAAAAUAGAUCAAUCCCAGCACACUUAUGGACUCAUUCAAUAAGUUUUACCUGGUUAAGUACAAUACCAUUGGAAAUGUAUGUUUAAAAUUAAAUGUACAGUACCAAUUAAAAGU